UUUCUUUAUAAGGCACUUCAUUGCCACAAGGCGAAGCAUCUCCCUGCUCAACUCAAGCCGUCAAGCCAGCGCAACCACCAGUGUCCCUAAACACCAAGCUGCCCAGUCCGCCGACCGGCCGUUCGUCGGACAUGACCAGCCGCAAAACUGGCCCGGGCGCAGGCGGGCGCUGGAGCGACGGCGAGACGUCCGCUCUCCUGGACGCGUGGGGCCAGAUUUAUCUCCGCCGCAACCGCAGCUCGCUCCGCAUGGACGACUGGCUCACUGUGUGCAGAGCUGUCAAUGCUCACCGCGGCGACCUCAACCGCACCCUUGCUCAGUGCCGGACGCGUCUCUGUACACUCAAGCAGAAGUACAAGGUGGAGGUCGCCAAGGGGCUGCCGGCGUUGGGGUCUCCCCACUUGGCCCGACUCCGGGGCUUCCUGGCCGACUCCAAGUUCUCCAACGGCCCGCCUCCCGGCUUCGACGGUAAGACUCCGGCGGCUGCCGUCAAGAUGGAGGAAGAGGAGGAGAAGGAGGAAGAGGAGGGGGAGGAGGAGGCGAGCGGAUGCGUGGGUGGAUCGACCGGCAGGAGUGAGGUCCCGGUGAAGCGCCAGCGCCACUUUUCCAGCCUACGGGACAUCCUGGAGCGAUCAGGCGACCCGUCCCUGGCAAAGACGCCGGCGACCGUCUGCUGCGGCUGUGAGUUGGUUGGGGGUUCGGCGACUGGGGUGACGAAGCUGGUGGCGGAGAUAAGGAAGGUGGCGGAGGUGCACGAGCGCGUGGAGAUGGAGAGGCACAAGUUCAAGAAGGAGAUGCAGAUCCUCAAGAUGAUGGAGCUGAAGGACGUGAGGCUGGAGCACAAGAAGGUGAAGGAGAAUCCGAAAGAAGCCGACGGCAAGUAGCAUCCCAUCACGGCGCAGGGGAUUUGAUCUGCAGCGGACCAACAAAAGAAGAGCAGCGUAGAGGAGCUUAGCUUAGCUUUAUGCGUAGUAUUGUUGUUUUAUUUGUUAGUCUUAGCGGUAGAGUACCUUAGAUGGUGUUUGGUUCUCUAGUCCUAAAACUUUUUCUAGUCCCUAGGACUUUUUAAAAAAGACUCUUAAGGAAGUGUUUCUAAGGACUUUUAGCAAAAAGUCCCAUCUUGUUUGGUUGGCUAGGGACUUCUUCUAGUCCCAACACAAAAAAGUCUCUGAAACCAAACACCCCCUUAAGCUAAAUAAGAAUUAGCGGGCACUGUAUAGUACUAUGAAAUAAAAAGGCAGUGUAUGGUAAGUAUCGGCCGGUGUUUGUAUGGCAAGAAUUAGCAGACCUUUUAUUUAUUGUU